ACCUCGCUGCCUUCAGUGCAACCGACCAAACGCAGCAUCAUGAAGCUCAUGCUCGUGGCCGCCAGCCUGGUGGCAGUCCUGGCUUUCGCUCACGCGGAAGAAACCAAGGCAGCAGACAAGGAAGUGGCAGCAUCCGAUAAUACUGCGGCGACCGACGAAAAGAAACACGAAAAACGAGGACUCAUUGGUCUAGGUUACGGCGGACACGGUGGAUUCGGGGGAGGUUUCGGUGGAGGCCUCGGUGGUGGUCACGGUGGCAGCUUCGGAGGAAGCUCCGGCGGCCUUUACAGUAGCGGCUUCGGUGGCGGCUUCGGCGGUGGUUACGGCGGUGGGUACGGCGGGGGUUACGGUGGACACGACGAAGUGCACAAAACCAUCACCGUAGUCAAGAAUGUCCCAGUUCCCUACCCAGUAGAGAAACACAUCCCUUACCCAGUCGAAAAGCAAAUUCCCGUGCCUGUAAAGGUACCAGUUCCCCAACCCUACCCUGUCGUAAAGCACGUCCCAUACCACGUUAAGGAGAUCGUCAAAGUACCAGUUCAUGUACCUGCUCCUUACCCAGUUGAGAAGAAAGUCCCCUACCCCGUACAUGUUCCAGUCGACAGACCCGUUCCCUACAAGGUAUACGUGCCCCAACCUUACCCAGUAGAGAAGAAAGUACAUGUGCCAGUCAAGGUUCACGUACCCGCUCCUUACCCAGUCGAGAAGAAGGUUCCUUACCCAGUGAAGGUGCCCGUUCAUGUACCCGCUCCCUACCCAGUAUACAAGGAGGUCGCUGUACCAGUUAAGGUGCCCGUCGACAGACCCUACCCCGUCCACAUUCCCAAGCCAGUGCCUUACCCGGUUGAGAAGCCCGUGCCUUACCCAGUAGAAAAACCAGUGCCUUACCCCGUCAAGGUCCACGUUGACAGGCCUUACCCCGUCCACGUUGAGAAGCCAGUGCCGUACCCCGUCAAGGUCCCAUACCCCGCGCCUUACCCCGUCGAGAAGCACAUCCCCUACCCCGUGGAGAGGCAAGUGCCGUUCCCCGUGAAGGUGCCUGUGGACAGGCCUUACCCCGUGCACAUCGAGAAGCACGUACCCGUCCACAUCGAAAAACCCGUGCCUUAUCCAGUCAAGGUGCCAGUCCCGGUCGUCGUCAGUCACGGUCACGAGUAUGGACAUCAUGGUAGCUACUAGACAGUUGCAGGAAGCAGACGCUGUAUUGUGAUAUUAUGUAAAUGUAAGAUUAGAUCGAGCUAGCGAGCGGGCGCCUUGGGGCAGCUAUCAGAGCGGGUAGUGGACCUCAUCCAGACCCCUGGACAUCUCGCCCCAAGUCGUGCGAUCGCAACGCACCAAUAAUGUAACUUUAUAAUUUUAUUUUGUUAUUAUUUUUUUAUUUUGUGUAACUGAUCGGUAAAGUUGCGUUUUUUUUACACAUUGAGUUGAUGUACCUGUUAUGAUAGAACGAAUUGUGUUUACUAGCGAAAUAACAAUGUAAGAAAUAAAUGCUAAAAGUGA